ACUUCCCACCAGCUGCGGCAAGAUCGAGCUCCUCAUUUGACGGUCGAUGCCCGAGCCUCUCCGAGCCAGCGCGAACCAUGGCUGACGCAGAAGGCGAGGAUGAAAUUCAGUUCCUGCGAACUAAUGAUGAAGUGGUCCUACAGUGUUCUGCUACAAUCUACAAGGAGCAACAGAAACUCUGCCUGGCUGCUGAAGGCUUCGGAAACAGGCUGUGUUUCCUUGAAUCAAUAUCCAACUCCAAGAAUGUACCUCCAGAUCUCUCAAUAUGUACUUUCGUGUUGGAGCAGUCACUGUCAGUUCGUGCCCUUCAGGAGAUGUUGGCCAGCAAUGAAGACAAGACUGGGGGAACAAUCCAAGCGGGUGGACAUCGCACUUUAUUAUAUGGACAUGCGAUCCUUCUACGUCACUCGUACAGUGGAAUGUACCUGUGUUGUCUGUCCACUUCCCGAUCAUCCACAGACAAAUUGGCUUUUGAUGUGGGGCUGCAGGAAGGCACCACAGGUGAGGCAUGCUGGUGGACCAUUCAUCCAGCAUCAAAGCAACGCUCUGAGGGGGAGAAGGUUAGAGUUGGGGAUGAUCUGAUUUUUGUGAGCAUCUCGUCUGAGAGAUAUCUGCAUCUAUCCUAUGGCAAUCAUUGCCGAAAUGUAGACGCAGCCUUCCAGCAGACACUCUGGAGCAUUACCCCAAUCUGUUGUGGCAGUGAAGUAGCACAAGGUUUCCUGAUAGGUGGGGAUGUCUUGCGCCUCCUUCAUGGUCACAUGGAUGAGUGUUUAACCGUUGCAUCUGAAGAACAUGGAGAAGAACAGAAGAGAACCGUGCAUUAUGAAGGUGGAGCAGUGGCCAGUCAUGCCAGGUCCCUGUGGAGGCUGGAGACACUGCGAGUUCUGUGGAGUGGUAGUCAUAUUCGCUGGGGCCAGCCGUUCAGACUGAGACAUGUGACUAGCGGGAAGUAUCUGAGUCUGAUGAAAGAGAAAUCCUUACUACUGAUAGAAAAAGAAAGGGCAGAUGUUAAGUCAACAGCCUUUUGUUUCAGAUAUUCCAAGGAAAAGGUUGACGUCGGUGUUAAAAAGGAAGUGGACGGAAUGGGUACCCCUGACAUUAAAUAUGGUGACUCAGUAUGUUACAUUCAACAUGUAGACACCGGUCUGUGGCUCACAUACCAGACUGCUGAUGCAAAAUCUGCACGCAUUGGUGACAUUCAAAGAAAGGCCCUCAUGCACCAUGAAGGUCACAUGGACGAUGGGCUGACGUUAUCUCGGUCACAGCAUGAAGAGAGCCACACAGCCAGGGUCAUCCGCAGCACUGUGUUAUUGUUCAACCUGUUCAUCAGGAGUCUCGAUACACUAAGAACAAAAGGAAAGAGCACAACUUUUGAUAUACCAAUCGACUCAAUCAGUCUGAGUCUUCAGGAUCUGAUUGGCUACUUCCAGCUACCCGGUGAUCAACUAGAACAUGAAGAUAAGCAGAAUCGCCUAAGAGCUCUGAAGAACAGACAAAACCUCUUCCAAGAAGAGGGAGUGAUUGCCUUGGUCCUGAAGUGUAUCGAUCGACUCCAUGUCUACAGCAGCGCAGCCCAUUUUACAGAAGCAGCUGGAAGGGAGGUCGGAGAGGCAUGGAGCUCCAGCCUCAACUCUCUCUACCAACUAUUGGCUGCACUCAUCAGGGGGAACAGAAAGAACUGUGCUCAGUUUUCAGGUUCCUUAGACUGGCUUAUCAGCAGACUGGAGAGACUGGAGGCCUCCUCCGGCAUAUUGGAAGUGCUUCACUGUGUGCUAGUCGAGAGUCCUGAAGCACUGAACCUGAUCAAAGAGGGGCACAUCAAAUCCAUUAUAUCUCUUCUGGAUAAACACGGACGCAACCACAAGGUUCUUGAUGUGCUGUGUUCACUUUGUGUUUGCCAUGGUGUAGCAGUACGCUCAAACCAGCACCUGAUCUGUGACAAUUUACUGCCAGGAAGAGACUUGUUACUUCAGACACGCCUGACUAAUUACGUAAGCAGCAUGUGCCCUAAUAUCUUUCUGGGUGUCAGUGAAGGCUCUGCGCAAUAUAAGAAGUGGUACUAUGAGCUGAUUGUAGACGAAGUACUGCCAUUCGUCACAGCUGAGGCAUCUCACCUCAGGGUGGGCUGGGCCAACACGACUGGCUACAUGCCCUGCCCCAGUAGUGGUGAGGGUUGGGGCGCCAAUGGAUUGGGUGAUGACCUGUACUCCUUUGGCUUUGAUGGACUCCAUCUUUGGUCAGGCUGUAUUGCAAAGACCGUUAGCUCACCCAAUCAGCACCUUCUGAAAGCAGAUGAUGUGGUGAGCUGCUGCUUAGACCUUAAUGUGCCCAGUAUCUCCUUCAGGAUCAACGGCCAACCGGUUCAGGGCAUGUUUGAGAAUUUCAACUCAGAUGGCCUCUUUUUUCCUGUUGCUAGUUUUUCUGCUGGAGUGAGGUUUCGUUUCCUCCUUGGGGGCCGCCACGGGGAGUUUAAGUUCCUCCCUCCUCCGGGCUAUGCGCCGUGCUUUGAGGCCGUGUUGCCCAGAGAGAAGCUAAAGCUUGGGCUAUGUCAGCACCAGACUGCAGCUGGAGACCUUUUAGGGCCCACUGUCACCAUGAGCCAAGCAGCAUUCACACCCGUCCCUGUGAACACCAGCCAGAUUGUUUUGCCAUUUCACUUAGAAAGGAUCAAGGAGAAGCUUGCAGAAAACAUCCAUGAGCUGUGGGUGAUGAACAAGAUCGCACUGGGCUGGACCUAUGGUGUAGUACGAGAUGACACAAAGCGACAACAUCCUUGUCUGGUGAAGUUCUCCAAGUUGCCGGAACAGGAACGGAGUUACAACCUGCAGAUGUCUGUGGAAACGCUCAAAACCCUUCUUGCACUGGGGUGCCAUGUUGGUCUUGCAGAUGAACAUGCUGUGGAGAAAGUUAAAAGUAUAAAUUUGUCAUCAAACUAUGAGUUGUCCAGCGGUUACAAACCCGCUCCUCUGGACCUGGGUCACAUCAAACUGACCUCCACCCAGGAAGCCAUGGUAGACAAAUUAGCUGAAAAUGCACACAAUGUUUGGGCAAGAGACCGUAUUCGCCAGGGUUGGACCUAUGGCAUUCAACAGGAUGUGAAGAGUCGCAGAAAUCCUCGUCUUGUGCCCUACAGUUUCUUGGAUGAGAGAACCAAAAAGUCAAAUAAAGAUAGUCUGAGAGAAGCUGUCAGAACUCUGUUGGGUUAUGGAUACAACCUAGAAGCUCCUGACCAGGACCACACUCACUUUGAUCAUAGCAAUAUGUCUGCUGAAAAAUUCCGGAUCUUCAGAGCCGAGAAAUCUUACUGUGUGAAUGCAGGAAAGUGGUACUUUGAGCUGGAGGUAUUGACAGCAGGAGAGAUGAGGGUUGGCUGGGCAAGACCAGGAUGUCUACCAGAUCUAGAAUUGGGUUCUGACGAACAGGCCUUUGUCUUUGAUGGAUUCAAGGCUCAGCGAUGGCACCAGGGAAAUGAGCACUUUGGGCGUGCCUGGCAGAUAGGCGAUGUCGUUGGUUGCAUGGUGGACCUGAAUGAACACACCAUGAUGUUCACUCUUAAUGGAGAAGUGCUGCUUGAUGACUCCGGCUCUGAACUGGCUUUCAAAGACUUUGACGUGGGAGAAGGUUUCAUCCCUGUGUGCAGUUUGGGCGUGAGCCAGGCUGGAAGGAUAAACUUUGGUAAACACGUCAGCACCCUGAAAUUCUUCACCAUAUGUGGACUGCAGGAAGGCUAUGAACCUUUUGCUGUCAACAUGAAUCGCGAUGUCACAAUAUGGCUCAGUAAAAGGCUCCCUCAGUUUGUACCAGUACCUUCUGACCACCAACAUAUACAGGUGACAAGGAUAGAUGGAACAGUGGAUUCAUGUCCUUGUCUGAAGGUCACACAAAAGUCAUUUAGCUCACAGAACAGCAACACGGACAUUACCUUCUACAGACUCAGUAUGCCCAUUGAAUGUGCUGAAUCCUCAAGGUCUUCAUCUAACGGCAGUGUCUUGUCACUGAAGACAGAGCUAGAAGACUUUGAAACUGACUUUGAGGUCCUAAUAAAGACAGCUCCUGGCCAAAAUUUUCCAUGUGGUCCGGACAGAGGUGAAUUCAACAACCACAAAGAUUACAACCAAGAAAAAACCUCCAAGCUCAAACAAAGGUUCCUGCUGAAGAAAAAUAAACCAGAUACCUCCCCUGCCUGUCUGUCAGAAGAUGUGGUGGUUGAUGACAGGCAUGAAUAUGAAUCACCACUUAUUCAAGCAUCGACGCACUCAUAUUCCAUAAGGAUUUUCCCUGGACAAGAACCUGGCAGUGUGUGGGUGGGCUGGGUAACCUCUGACUUUCAUCAGUAUGAACCUGACUUUGGUCUGGACAAGGUCCAAACAGUAACAGUGACUUUAGGAGAUGAGAAAGGCAAAGUUCAUGAGAGUAUAAAGCGUGGUAACUGCUAUAUGGUGUGGGCUGGAGAGAGCAGCAAUCCAGAAGGCAGGCGUAAUGAUGGUUUAGAGAUUGGAUGUUUGGUUGACACAGUCAACGGACUGUUGUCUUUUACCGCCAACGGCAAAGAGCUUAGCACAUACUAUCAGGUGGAGCCCAGUACGAAACUCUUCCCAGCCGUCUUUGCCAAGGCCACCAGCCCCAAUGUCUUCCAGUUUGAAUUAGGCCAAAUUAAGAAUGUUAUGCCUCUGUCUGCGGGUUUAUUCAUAAGUGAGAGGAAGAAUUCAGUCCCUCAAUGUCCUCCCCGACUUCAUGUCCAGUUUCUCACUCCUGUAUCAUGGAGUCGUGUUCCCAAUCACUAUCCCAAGGUUUCAGUGUCACGAGUGAAUGACCGACAUGGCUGGCUGAUCCAUUGUAAUGAGCCGUUGCAGUUUUUGUCUCUGCACAUACCCGAAGAGAACAGGUCACUGGAUGUGCUGGAGCUAUCAGAAAGAACGGACCUGUUAAAGUUUCACUAUCAUACCCUCAGAUUGUAUUCUGCAAUUUGUGCUUUGGGAAAUAACCGGGUUGCUCAUGCCCUUUGCUCCCACGUGGAUGAGGCACAGCUUCUGCAUGCUAUAGAAAGUAAAUAUAUGCCUGGUUUGCUUCGUACAGGCUACUAUGAUCUGUUGAUUGAUAUCCACCUGAGCAACUACGCGACCGCUCAUCUCAUGAUGAACAAUGAGUACAUUGUUCCUAUGACCGGUGAAACCAAGAGUAUUACCCUCUUUCCCGAUGAGGGAAAAAAACACGAGGUGCCAGGCAUUGGGCUUAGCACUUCCCUGAGACCAAGAAUGCACUUUUCAUCACCGAGUGUCGUCUGUGGUUCCGGAUCAUCAUCACGUACCAAUUUUGACAGUGGCUCAGGAUCAAUAGAUUCUUGCCAGUACAGCCCUGAAUUCCCUUUGGACGUACUAAAAACAAAAACAGUCGAGAUGCUGACAGAGGCAUUAUGUGAGGGCAGCAUGCAUGUCAGAGAUCCAAUUGGGGGCAGCACGGAAUUUCUCUUUGUGCCACUCAUCAAGCUUUUUUACACCAUGCUCAUCAUGGGCAUUUUCCAAAAUGGAGAUCUGAAGAAAAUACUCCGGCUCAUUGAGCCGUCUGUGUUCUCCGAAAGAUGCGAAUCAAGGGAAGAAAUGAUUGGGAAAGCGGAAAAGCAGACCGGGCAGGGAGAAGAAGAUGAAAUGAAAAACAUACCAAAGGAGGGACUGUUGCAGAUGAAACUACCAGAGCCUGUAAAACUUCAGAUGUGCCAUGUCCUUCAGUACCUGUGCGACUGCCAGGUGCGUCAUCGUAUAGAAGCAAUAGUAGCCUUCUCUGAUGAUUUCAUAGCCUGUCUCCAAGAGAACCAACGAUUUCGCUACAAUGAAGUGAUGCUUGCGCUGAACAUGUCUGCUGCUCUCACAGCAAAGAAGACCAAAGAGUUUCGAUCUCCACCUCAGGAACAGAUCAACAUGCUGCUGAACUUUAAGAAGGAGAUGCAGGAAUGCCCCUGUCCGGAAUACAUCCGAGAACAGCUGCUUGACUUCCAUGAGGACCUCAUGAGACACUGUGGUAUAGAGUUAUCUGAAGAUGACACACCAGAUGCGGACAGCAAUUUCACCAUUCGAGGUCGACUAAUGUCAUUGGUGGAAAAAGUGUCUUACCUGAAGAACAAAAUGGUCAACAUGCCUAAGGAAAAAACAGAUAGAAAACCCAGUACGCUACAGCAGUUGGUUUCAGAGACAAUGGUUCGUUGGGCUCAGGAGUCGGUGAUUGAGGAUCCUGAGCUCGUCAGAGCCAUGUUUGUCUUGUUGCACCGACAGUAUGAUGGCAUUGGAGGACAGGUUCGGGCUCUCCCCAGGACUUACACAAUAAACUCUGUAUCAAUAGAGGAUACUAUUAACCUCCUCGCUGCUCUUGGUCAGAUAAGGUCUUUGCUGAGUGUGCGUAUGGGCAGGGUAGAGGAGAAGCUGAUGAUAAGGGGACUGAGUGACAUUAUGAACAACAAGGUGUUCUACCAGCAUCCUAACCUAAUGAGAGCUCUGGGUAUGCAUGAGACUGUCAUGGAGGUCAUGGUGAAUGUACUCAGCGGAGGAGAUUCCAAGGAAAUAACCUUUCCAAAAAUGGUGGCCAACUGUUGUCGUUUUCUUUGUUACUUCUGUCGAAUCAGCCGUCAAAACCAGAAAGCAAUGUUUGACCAUCUCAGUUACCUGCUGGAGAACAGCAGUGUUGGCCUUGCAUCUCCAUCAAUGCGAGGAUCCACACCCCUUGAUGUGGCUGCAGCAUCAGUCAUGGAUAACAAUGAGUUGGCCCUUGCUUUGAGAGAGCCGGACUUAGAGAAGGUGGUUCAGUAUCUAGCUGGCUGUGGGCUACAGAGCUGCACGAUGCUGGUGUGUAAAGGAUAUCCUGACAUUGGCUGGAACCCUGUUGAAGGAGAGCGCUACCUUGACUUCUUGCGUUUUGCUGUAUUUUGCAAUGGUGAAAGUGUGGAAGAGAAUGCCAACGUCGUGGUGAGACUUCUCAUCCGCCGACCUGAAUGUUUUGGUCCUGCACUUCGCGGAGAAGGUGGUGAUGGCUUGCUGGCCACAAUGGAAGAAGCAAUAAAAAUUUCCCUCGAUCCCUUAAGAGAUGGUCCUUCUUCUUCACCAGAAAACAGAAAUACACUGAAUGACGGCCUAGAAGAAGAAGACGACACCAUUCACUUAGGGAAUGCCAUCAUGACCUUCUAUGCAGCUCUUAUUGACCUUUUGGGUCGUUGUGGUCCAGAGAUGCAUUUGAUACAUACUGGUAAAGGUGAAGCAAUCCGAAUCAGAGCCAUUCUACGGUCUCUGAUUCCCAUUGAAGAUCUUGUUGGUGUCAUCUGCAUUCCAUUUUCUAUGCCAAGCCUAGCUAAAGAUGGGGUGGUCUUGGAGCCAGACAUGUCAGCUGGCUUUUGUCCGGAUCAUAAAGCGGCCAUGGUGCUGUUUUUGGACCGGGUAUAUGGUAUACAAGACCAGAAUUUUCUCCUACACCUGCUAGAAGUUGGCUUCCUACCAGACCUCAGAGCUGCCGCUUCAUUGGACACUGUAGCUCUUAGUGCCACAGAUAUGGCUCUUGCCCUCAACAGGUAUCUGUGCACAGCAGUAUUGCCACUUCUGACGAAAUAUGCACCACUGUUUGCUGGGACGGAGCCAUUUGCGUCACUGAUAGACUCCCUUCUUCACACGGUUUACCGUUUGUCGAAAGGCUGUUGCCUUACCAAAGCCCAGAGAGAUUCCAUUGAAGAAUGUCUUCUAGCAGUUUGUGGUAAGUUGAGGCCUUCAAUGAUGCAGCAUCUGUUGAGGAGGCUUGUGUUUGACAUUCCCUUGCUUAAUGAACAUACCAAGAUGCCUUUGAAGCUUUUGACCAAUCAUUUUGAGCGCUGUUGGAAGUACUACUGUCUGGCUGGAGGCUGGGGCACUUUUGGUGCCUCGUCUGAUGAAGAGCUACACCUUUCCAGGAAACUAUUUUGGGGAAUAUUUGAUGCCCUCUCUCAGAAGCCGUAUGACCUGGAGCUGUUUAAAGUUGCAUUGUCAUGCCUAAAUGCAGUGGGCGGAGCUCUUCCUCCAGACUAUAUGGAGUCCAACUAUAUGGCCAUGAUGGACAAACAGUCAUCGAUGGACUCUGAAGGGAACUUCACUCCACAGCCUGCAGACACUGCCAAUGUCGCUGUACCAGAAAAACUGGAAAAUUUUAUCGCCAGAUAUGCAGGGCAUAACCAUGAGAAAUGGUGCUUUGAAAAGUUUUCUAAUGGCUGGUCCUAUGGGGAAAAUGCAUGUGAAAUAUCAAGGAGCCACAAUUUAUUAAAGCCUUUUAAAGAACUCAAUGAGAAGGAUAAAGAGUUAUAUUGUUGGCCAAUAAGAGAGUCUCUGAAGACCAUGCUUUCUUGGGGAUGGAGCAUUAACAGGCUACGAGAGAGUGACCCAGCCACCCGUCAUAACACAUCAAGAAGCUUAUCGCAGGCCAACCAGCUAUCCUUUGAAGGACCUCAGUGCUUCAAUCCCAGACCCAUUGAUAUGACCAAUGUCACUCUGUCCAGAGAUACACAGUCAAUGGCAGAGCUGCUUGCAGAAAACUAUCAUAACAUCUGGGCCAGAAACAAGAAAAUUGAUCUCGAAGCCAAAGGUGGAGGAAAUCAUCCCUUACUAGUUCCCUUUGAUACACUGACUGCCAAAGAAAAAUUAAAAGACAGACAAAAAGCACAAGAUAUUCUCAAGUUCCUACAAAUCAAUGGUUACACAGUCACAAGAGGUGUGAAGUCACACGAGAUGGACACACCAGCCAUCGAGAAACGAUUUGCUUACACCCUCCUUCAGCGGCUCAUGAAUUACGUAGACCAGGCCCACGAGCACAUGAUAGAGUUUGAUAUGGAAGCAAGACAAAAGGGUGUAAAGAGCCCUCAUGAACAGCAGAUGAAGUUCUUUGGAAAGGUUGUCUUGCCAUUAGUGGAUCAAUACUUCAAAAACCACCGGCUGUACUUCUUAUCCACAUCCAUCCAUCCUGUUAGCAGCGGUGGACAUGCCUCCAACAAGGAGAAAGAGAUGGUGACAAGUCUUUUCUGCAAACUGGGAGUACUUGUCAGAAAUAGGAUAUCCUUAUUUGGUAAUGACGCCACAUCGAUAGUCAACUGUUUACAGAUUUUGGGGCAAAGUCUGGAUGCUAGGACAGUGAUGAAGACAGGCUUGGAGUCGGUCAAGGCAGCAUUGCAUUCCUACUUCAACAGUGCAGCAGAAGCUUUGGAAAAGACUCAAGAGAACCUGAAGCUUGGCCAAUUCACUCACUGCAAAGAACUACCCCGAAGGGUCCCUCAAAUCAUCAACUUUACCACCUUUGGUCUGCUUCCGAUCCUGUCUUCCUUAUUUGAACACAUUGGAAAGAACAACUUUGGAGAAGAUCUAAUACUGGAUGAGGUCCAGGUGUCCUGCUAUAGAAUUCUCAACAGCCUCUACUUUCUGGGAACCAAUGAAAGCAUAUAUGUAGAGAGACAUCGUCCAGCAUUAGGAAAAUGUUUGGCUGCUUUCUCAAUAGCCUUCCCAGUUGCCUUCCUUGAACCUCAUUUGGACAAAUUCAACAACUUCUCAAUCUACAACAAAAGCGCUAAAGACAGAAAUGCUCUUGGUCUGCCAGACCAGGUCACAGAAAUGUGUCCAAUUAUUCCAAAUUUGGAAAGCUCAUUGGAAGAGAUCAUCGAGAUGGCAGAAUCUGGCAUGAAAUAUACUCAAAUGCCUCAUGUCAUGGAGGUUGUUUUACCAGUUUUGUGCAGCUACAUGUCUCACUGGUGGGAACACGGUCCAGAGAACAAUCCGGAAGAAGCCGACAGCUGCUGUACAUCAGUGACCUCUGAACAUAUGAACGUAUUACUUGGGAACAUAUUGAAGAUCAUCUACAACAAUUUAGGCAUAGAUGACGGGGCCUGGAUGAAAAGACUAGCUGUGUUUUCUCAACCAAUCAUCAGCAAGGCCAAACCCCACUUGCUCAAGACCCAUUUUCUGCCUCUCAUGGAGAAGCUCAGGAAAAAAGCAGCAGUUGUGCUUGUGGAUGAAGAACAAAGCAAGGCUGAGGGGAGGGGUGAGAUUUCAGAAACUGAGCUUCUCAUCAUGGACCAGUUCGCCAUUCUCGUCAGAGACCUCUAUGCCUUUUAUCCCCUUCUCAUACGAUUUGUGGACUACAACAGGGCCACGUGGCUGAAAGAGUCUAAUCCAGAGGCAGAAGUAUUGUUCCAGAUGGUGGCUGAAGUUUUCAUCUUCUGGGCAAAAUCUCAUAACUUCAAGAGAGAGGAACAGAAUUUUGUGGUUCAGAAUGAAAUCAACAACAUGUCUUUUCUCAUCUCAGAUUCAAAGUGUAAAAUGUCUAAGGGAAUAGUUUCAUACCAGGAGAGGAAAAAGUUGAGGAGAAAUCGAGAUCGAUAUUCAACGCAGACCAGCCUGAUUGUGGCAACGCUGAAACGACUGCUGCCCGUAGGACUGAACGUUUGUGUUCCUGGUGAACAAGAACUCAUUGCUCUUGCGAAGAAUCGAUUCUCCCAGAAAGAUACUGAUGAAGAAGUGCGCGAAGUCAUUCGAAACAACUUGCACCUACAAGGAAAGUUGCAGGACCCUGCUAUUCGGUGGCAGAGGGCACUGUACAGAGACAUUCUGAAUGACAGUGAUGAAGUGUCUGACCCAGAGAAGAAUGUAGAAAGAGUUCUGGACAUUGCCCAUGUCCUCUUCCACCUUGACCAGGUUGAGCAUCCUCAGCGCAGUAAAAAGGCUGUGUGGCACAAAUUACUGUCUAAACAGAGAAAGAGAGCUGUAGUUGCUUGCUUUAGGAUGGCUCCUCUCUACAAUCUGCCCAGGCACCGGGCUGUCAACUUGUUCCUGCAGGGCUAUGAGAAAUCCUGGAUUGAGGCAGAAGAACACUUCUUUGAAGACAAACUGAUAGAGGAUCUUGCUAAAUCAGGAGAACAAGAGCCAUUCGAGGAAGUCGAAGGAGUAAAACUCAUUGACCCACUACAUCAGCUUAUCCAGCUUUUCAGUAGAACAGCCCUUACAGAGAAAUGUAAACUGGAUGAAGAUCAUCUCUACAUAGCUUAUGCGGAUAUAAUGGCCAAGAGUUGUCACGAUGAAGAAGAUGACGAUGGGGAGGAAGUCAAAAGUUUUGAAGAGAAGGAGAUGGAAAAGCAGAAGCUAUUAUACCAGCAGGAAAGGCUGCAUGACCGUGGAGCUGCUGAGAUGGUACUUCAAACCAUCAGUGCCAGCAAAGGUGAAAUGGGUCCCAUGGUGGCCUCAACUCUCAAACUGGGCAUUGCAAUUCUCAAUGGCGGAAACUCUACAGUUCAGCUGAAAAUGUUGGACUAUCUGAAGAACAGAAAUGAUGUGGGCUUUUUCCAGAGUCUUGCUGGCCUCAUGCAAUCAUGCAGUGUUUUAGAUCUAAAUGCAUUUGAGAGACAGAACAAAGCCGAAGGCCUAGGAAUGAUCACUGAGGAGGGAUCAGGUGAGAAGGUUAUGCAGGAUGAUGAGUUCACCUGCGACCUUUUCCGCUUCCUUCAACUUCUCUGUGAAGGCCACAAUUCAGAUUUCCAGAACUACUUAAGGACUCAAACGGGGAACAAUACCACAGUCAACAUCAUCAUCUCGACAGUUGACUACCUUCUAAGAGUACAGGAGUCCAUUAGUGAUUUCUACUGGUAUUACUCUGGAAAAGAUGUAAUUGAUGAACAGGGACAGAGGAACUUCUCAAAGGCAAUUGAUGUAGCCAAGCAGGUUUUCAACACACUCACAGAGUAUAUUCAGGGUCCAUGUACUGGCAAUCAGCAGAGUUUGGCACACAGUCGUUUAUGGGAUGCUGUGGUUGGGUUUCUCCAUGUCUUUGCCCAUAUGCAGAUGAAAUUGUCUCAGGACUCUAGUCAGAUUGAGUUACUGAAGAAACUGAUGGAUCUUCAGAAAGACAUGGUAGUCAUGUUGCUUUCAAUGAUGGAGGGUAAUGUAGUGAAUGGAACCAUUGGAAAGCAGAUGGUUGAUAUGCUUGUGGAAUCAUCAAACAAUGUGGAAAUGAUUCUUAAGUUCUUUGAUAUGUUCCUCAAGCUGAAAGACGUCACUUCCUCAGAUGCUUUUAAAGAGUAUGAUCCUGAUGGAAAAGGUGUCAUUUCCAAGAGAGACUUUCAGAAGGCAAUGGAGAACCAUAAACACUACACCCAGUCUGAAACAGAGUUCCUUCUCUCCUGCGCUGAAACUGAUGAAAACGAACUCCUGGACUAUGAGGAAUUUGUGAAGCGUUUCCAUGAACCAGCUAAGGACAUUGGCUUCAAUGUAGCAGUUUUGUUGACCAACUUGUCCGAGCACAUGCCUCAUGACAACCGACUUCACACCUUCCUGGAGCUGGCAGGGAGUGUUCUCAACUACUUUCAACCCUUCCUGGGAAGGAUCGAGAUCAUGGGCAGCGCCAAGCGUAUCGAGAGGGUCUACUUUGAAAUCAGUGAGUCAAGUCGAACACAGUGGGAGAAACCUCAGGUGAAAGAAUCCAAGCGCCAGUUCAUCUUUGAUGUGGUUAAUGAAGGAGGCGAAAAGGAAAAGAUGGAAUUAUUUGUGAAUUUCUGCGAGGACACCAUCUUUGAAAUGCAACUGGCCGCCCAGAUGUCAGACACAGGAGAGCGCUCUGCUGUGAAAGAGGACAGUGAGCAAGACAGGCCAGAUGUGGAAAAUCCCGAGAGGAGCUUCUUUUCAAUUACCACCAUUCGCAUGGCUCUGAUUGCACUGCGGUACAAUGCCAUGCUAUUGAUUAAGGUACUGUCUAUGAAGAGUUUUAAGAAGCAGAUGAAGAAGUUAAAGAGUAUGACAUCAAAAGACAUGGUGACCACCCUACUUUCAUUCUACUGGUCUGUAUUACAAGGCCUCCUUCAUAUUGCCUUUAGUGUAGUUCGAGGAUUUUGGAGGAUUUUCUACAAUAAUCUUUUUGGAGGCAAUCUGGGUGACGGAGCCAAGCACUUAAAGGUGUCUGAGCUACUGGCUAGCAUGCCUGAUCCCACCCAGGAUGUGGUCAGGCUGGAAGGGGAGGAAAAGAAAAGAAAAACAUCAGACAGGAGCUCCAUGAAGGAUGACCUGGCAUACUUAGCUGUCAAUCCCGGUGACACUGAGCUACUUUCAGAUAUUUUUGGCCUAGACUUACGGAGAGAGGGAGGAAAAUAUAAAAUCAGUCCCCACAACCCCAAUGCAAAUCUAACUGAAAUUCUCAACUCCCCUCUUCCUUCCCCGCCCGCUUGUGGUGCCCCAGUAGCUCCUACUCACGAGCUCAGACAAAUGCAUCAGUCAAAAAUAUCUUCCUUCGAAGAAACGAAGGAUGCAACACCAGAUACUCCAUGUGAACCUAAGAAAAAUGCUGAACAUGAAGUGAAGAAGAAAAAUGAAAAGGUGAAGUCAAAAGUGAAAAGGCGUAAGAUCUCAAAAGAUGAACCUGACUUGCAGGAGUCUGCAGUCUCAAAGAAGAUAUCUGCCUAUCAGAGGAAACUCCUGAACUAUUUUGCCAGGAACUUCUACAACAUGAGGAUGAUGGCUCUAUUCGUUGCAUUUGCCAUUAACUUCAUUCUCCUAUUCUAUAAGGUUUCAAAAUCUGCAUCAGUGAUCUCAAACACCGGAGUGGACAGCACCAUUCAAUGGGAUCCACAGGGUAGUGAGCCUCUCGUCGACAUGAAAGAAGGAGACAUGGAUGACCCAUUGAAGUUAGCCAUGGUCCAUUUUGUCUUGGAGGAGGGCAGCGGAUACAUGGAGCCCACACUGAUGAUCUUGGCCGUCCUUCACACUGUUAUCUCUUUCUUCUGCAUCAUUGGAUAUUACUGUCUCAAGGUCCCAUUGGUGAUAUUUAAGCGUGAAAAGGAAGUCGCCAGGAAGUUGGAGUUUGAUGGCCUUUACAUUACAGAGCAGCCUUCUGAGGAGGACAUAAAGGGACAAUGGGAUCGACUGGUUAUAAACACACAAUCUUUUCCAAACAACUACUGGGAUAAGUUUGUGAAGAGAAAGGUGAUGGAUAAAUAUGGGGAAUUUUAUGGUCAUGACCGAAUCAGCGAGCUUCUGGGAUUGGACAAGGCUGCCCUGGACUUCAGUGGUGCUCAUAAAAAAAGAAAGCCCAGAAAAGAUAGCUAUCUGUCUUCUGUGUUGAACUCAAUUGACGUCAAAUACCAGAUCUGGAAGCUGGGAGUGGUGUUCACUGACAAUUCGUUCCUGUAUCUUGCCUGGUAUAUGACAAUGUCUAUCCUGGGUCACUACAACAACUUUUUUUUCGCUGCACAUCUCCUUGACAUUGCAAUGGGGUUCAAGACACUGCGGACCAUCCUGUCCUCAGUGACUCACAAUGGCAAACAGCUGGUGUUAACAGUUGGCCUGUUAGCAGUGGUGGUAUAUUUGUACACUGUAGUGGCCUUCAACUUCUUCAGAAAGUUCUACAACAAGAGCGAAGAUGGGGAAUUACCUGACAUGAAAUGUGAUGACAUGUUGACAUGCUACAUGUUCCACAUGUAUGUUGGUGUGCGAGCCGGUGGAGGCAUCGGUGACCAGAUUGAGGACCCAGCAGGAGAUGAAUAUGAGAUCUACCGCAUCAUAUUUGACAUCACCUUCUUCUUCUUUGUCAUUGUAAUCCUUCUGGCAAUCAUCCAAGGUUUAAUCAUUGAUGCUUUUGGAGAACUGCGGGAUCAACAAGAACAAGUGAAAGAGGAUAUGGAGACCAAGUGUUUCAUCUGUGGAAUAGGCAAUGACUACUUUGAUACAGUGCCACAUGGCUUUGAAACACAUACCCUACAGGAGCACAACUUGGCCAAUUACCUAUUCUUUCUUAUGUACCUUAUCAACAAGGAUGAAACAGAGCAAACAGGCCAGGAAUCUUAUGUAUGGAAGAUGUACCAGGAGCGUUGCUGGGAAUUCUUUCCAGCUGGCGAUUGUUUCCGGAAACAGUAUGAAGAUCAGCUCAAUUGAUUUGUCGAUGGAGUCUUUGGUCCCUUGGUCCCCAAUCACUGUAUGCUGAAUACUUAUUUCAAUAGCAUGUGCCAGCGAACAAGCACUCCCCUCAACAAGACACCUCUGAUCUCUUCAAGCCGACCUAUUUGCUUUCAUCCAAGAUCUUCCUCGUUUCGCAGGUCACCUUACUAACUCUGUCACAGAUUUCACCUGUAUUGGACUAUUUUGUGUACAUGAAAAUGAUUGCAUCAGUGAAAUCAAACUGGUGGCAUGUGAAAGCUGUGGAACAAUCAGAUGAGUGCUUCUUUUCUUUUAAAGGAAUUGUAAUCUUUUUGAUCAGGUGCAUCCCAGAUGAAAGUAUCUUAUUUAAGAUGUUUUGCCAUUUUUAAAUGGCACAAAUGUUUUAGCCAAUCAAAUGUGAGAAUUUCAUAUAGUCCGCCAUUGCACGUGACGUCAGUUACACCCAAAAUCUCCAAGACUAUUACAAUGGCAAUGCUGUGACAUGCAAAUUAUCACUUUUAUAGCCUCAUUUUGUUUAAACAAAACUAUAUAUGAAAGGAGAAUGUUGUGUAUUUUGUCCUACUUAUGGUACUGCAGGUAAUGCUGCCUUCACAUGCUCUGGGAAGCAUGAUCCUUACCACUUGCUAAUUAGUUAUUACAAGUACGUCCUGUUCAUGUGCUUUUGUUGUCGUUGUAAAAAAAAACAAUAAGCAGACACUGACUAUAUUUCGGUUUGUUGCGUGAGCAAAACUGUGUUAGACCUGUUAACACAUCUUCUACAACAAGAAGAAAAUGCAUUAAAAUGCAAACGCUGGGUUUUGUUUGUUACUGAACUUUUAGCAAACACUUGGUUAGAAAAAGUGUUUUAUAAUGCUAAUAAAUAUUCUUUAUUCACGCUCUGUCAUUUAAAAAAAUAAUAGGUCGUCCCAUCUGAGAAAUUCGGGUAUCAUAAUUAGGGCUGAAGUUAUUGGUUAUUUAGGUAGGUAAUCGAUUAAUCUAUCGAUUGGUUUGUUCGAAUAAUCGAGUAAUCGGAUUACAAACAUUUAAUGUAUUCCAACAAUGAAACAAGUGUUUAUGCCUGCAAUAACAUUUUUUUUAAGUUGGCUAGCUUAAAUGCUAUACAAUGCUAACUUCUUCUUUUUUUUUUAACAAAGUUCUUAACGAAUCAUUCAAACACAUUUACGCAAAACUGAACUGCUAAAUAUACACCUAAACUAAAUUACAAAUGCACAGACAACAUAUUAGCUCAAACAAAAACUUUCCUUGUGUUGGUCUUAACAGGGAUCAGAUGGAUUCAGCCAUGUUAGAUGAAAUAUGUUAUUUUGGCUGUUGCCACUCGAGGGCAGUGUAUCCACUCAAAUCAAUAAAACUAAAUGCAAACUUUCAAAACAAACCAUUUACAAUGCCACUCUAAUUAAACGAAUCCUCGAAGCAGUGAAAUUUAAUUCGAAGCUUUUUUCUAAUCGAAUUAUUUGAGUUAAUCGAUUAAUCGUUGCGGCACUAAUCAUGUUAGAAUUACAAUUCUCCAGGAGAAAAUACGAUUUGACAUGCACAUGCAAUUUUCCAUUUGCCAAGUGGUAUUCACGACGUUUACGACACCACAUGAAGGCAGCAUUAAUAUGUCUUGCCAUACUUUCAUUUAGUGUGGCUAUCUGUUGCUCCAGUCCGCUGCUUUGCAUCUGUGUUACCGUCGUGUGGUGUAUAAUCGUUUCAUUUUACCUGGAAAAAUGACAUAAAGAAAACGACAAGGGAGUUUUAGUAUACCACAGUGUUUGGCUUUUGGCUGUACAGAGAGGAUGAUGGGUAAAUAUAAUAUUAGGAUCAAAGGCAGAAAGAAUUAGGAGCAAGAAGACGAUGCCUGAAAAGGUAUAGUAACUUUAAGGAGUGCGGGGCAAUUUUACUUUCAUUUUUUAUACCUGUGUUCAAAUCUUAUCAGAAUAUACGUGCUGUGCGCUUACAGUGCCUGCCAACGUUGUGCGCAAACAUCAGAUUAUUUGUUACUGACACAAUGGGGAAAAUAAGUAUUAAACGUGUCAACCGUUUCCUCGAUAUUUAUUUCAAAAGCUGCAAUUCAAAUGAAAUUUCUACAAGACAUUGGUAUUAACUCAAAUAAUUCACACAUGAAAGGAAAUCACAACAUUUGAGUCCAUAAAUAAUGAUUAUACAAAUGAUUAUACGUAAUUGAGUGCAAUAACACAGGGAAAAAGUACUGAACACACCAUAGAAAAGGUUUGGCAAGGAAAUGCCAAACCAGCAUUAGCUGGGUAAGAGCAAAAUGAUGGUGCUAUAAACAGGUGGUUUUGUCAACAAGAGGUCAAACAAGACACAUCUAAAGUAAGGCAAAGAGCUCUCUGUCUCUCCGUCAUUAUCGGCAAGUGGAAGAAGCACCACCUGACCAUCAACAAGCCACACUCAGGAGCUCCUCGUAAGAUUUCUGACAUAUGAAAGAUGGUCAGAAGCGGACUUGAUGAGCCAAGGUCCACCGUGAAAGCGCUCUACAAAGAUUUGGAGGGAGCAGGUACAAUUUUUGUAGCACAAAAAAUUGGCAAUGCAUGGCCUCUAUGGACGCUCAGCCAUUCCUCAAGAAAAAGCAUGUUUUCAAAUUUAAGUCGCAUUCUGCAGGCAGAAUGUUGUCUGGUCAGACAAGACCAAAAUUGAACUGCAAAGCACUACACUGACAACUUCCAGAAGGUCAAACUCGAAAACAUAUUGAAAAAAAAAAAAUAUUGUAGUGACCACUAUAUUAUGGCAGAAUUCACCUAAGGAACUUAUAUGGAGAAUGUUGUGUUCCGGGGGGAAAACUUUGUUCUCGUUUCCGGCACGAGACACUAGUGAGUCAGAAGAGAGUCACGAGCAGCAGAACACGGCAACACGUCUACUCAACGAGCUAUCGAGACUCAACAACAUCAUCUGCUACAAUAUCAACAGAAAAACCGAAUAACAUCAGACUUGCAGUGUAUUUUCAUCAAUGAUAAAGUUUUGCACGGUUUAUAGAUCAUAUUUGUGUAACUAAAUACUAAAAAAUAUCAAUUAAACUUUUUUUUUGACAAUUUAUUGAGUUUACAGUAUCAUUGUUUCAAAUUGCAAGGUUCCCAAGAACAAAUCUUAUUUUGAAACAUUGUUAUGCCAAAAUAUCAUACACGUUGGUAGCAAUGCCCAGUGCGCUUGCACAUCACUUAAAAGCAGCGAGUACUUAUUAUUUUUGUUUUUAUUGUUUUUCAUUUUUCUUCGUCUGAUCGCUUUUAAGCAUUGUUUUCUUGUGUUUUAUCUGUUAACCACAUUAGUCACGUAAUGUAUUUAAUCCACUCUUGUCUGAUAUUUUGUGUAAGUCUUUUCAUAUGGCAUUUUUAGUACGUUCUUCCUGUAUGCAUUGAAACAAAACAAGCUGAAAGCGUAUAGUAGUAUUUCGGCAGAGGUGGGUAGAGUAGCCAAAAAUUUUAUCCAAGUAAGAGUAGCGUUAUAAUAUUACUAAAGUAAAAGUAGUUGUCCAGAAAAUAUAUUCAAGUACAAGUAGCAAAGUACUUUAUUUGGUGAAAAGAAUACUCAAGUAAUGAUUAACAUUGUGCAAAACUGCUUAUAUUUUUGUAGGAUUUUUUUUUUUUAAACAAUGGUGUUUUUUUUUUUUUUUUUAGCAAAAAGUUAUCUAUAUGGACUGCUGUUAGAAUGGCAUUGUGCUAUAACCCAUUACAUAAACACAUUAAGCCAAAGAAAUUCUAAACAAAAACAAAAAAAUCAUUGAUUUUAGCCGAGAGAAAAAAAAAUUACAUCAAUGAAAUAUUAUUCAUUCAAAGAGCAUGACUGCCUUUUGGUGGAGUCUGAAUAGUGAAGAGAUGGCCUUUUUUUUUUUUUAAAGCUAGACAUAUCACUCAAAAGGCUGACCCCUAAAACCGGACAGGUGGUCACCCUACAUAGUACACGCCGUGUUUGGGGAAGAAAUGGUGCUGCACAUCACCCAAAAAGGUUUCGGCCGUUUCUCUUGUCAGAGCAGCGACAGUUAAGGAUUUGCCUUCCUCAGCGGCAGUGCUGAGUGUUCACUUCUCAGUUGGGGGUUACUCCGUAUCAGAUGUUCCUUGUGGAGAGACAAGAUGUCCCGCCAUUUGUUCUGGACUGUCCGGAUGAGCUGAUUGCUGGAUAUGGUGGUGCAGACGUGGGCAUGUAGAUGUCUUGCCUCACCUGGUUGUCAGCGUCAAUCUUGCUCAGCCCGUUGUCUUGGCGCUGCAAGUUUUCAUCAUUCCAAGUCCAACUGCUCAUAAUUGUAUUAUGCUUGUUCUUCUUAAACUAUGAUAUAAAUGCUAUUUAUUAUAUAUUGAGUGAGUUAAGAGUAAUACAAACGGUCAAACAGUAAAUACGAGUAAAGAUACUAUUCCUUUCAAGCCCCUCUGGCAUCCAAUACAUUAUCUAAAAUAAAACUUAUUGCUCGAACUAAGGAACAUCAUUUAUCAUUUUAAUUUGCCUCGCAGGCCAAAAUUUAUAAGCUCUGGUGUUCUGACAGUCCAUAAAUGAAAAAAAAACCUCUCAAAGAAGAACUUGGGUGUAUCUGACGUCAUACAUUCCAAAAUGUCAGCCCCUAGGAGUGCGUCAUUUUCUGUGUUGAAACAUUAUUUUCCCCGUGAUCACAGUUCUAAAAAAAUGUAUGAUUUGCAUAUUUAGAUUGUUUGAGUGACCAUCUUUCACAUGGUCAUUUAUGCUAAUUUUAGUGUCUUUUACAUUUCUAUUGCUUUAAUUAACAUGAAAUUAUACCACUGCCCAAAACCAAAUAUACUGUGGUUUUGACUGAGAAGAGGGACUUCUUAUGUUUACAACAAAAACGUUGGUUGUAAAGGUAGAGGACAGUGCAACAGUGAAAUUUGCUGCAAUAUACUACAGUAUAUCUUUAAAUAUAUACCACUGUCAAUGAUGUGACCCUACUGAAUUUGCUAGCAAUGCAUUAGGAAUACAAUGUGCCUGAAGCUGAAUAAUUUUCUAAUGUUUAAAAAUGUAGAGAAUUUUAAUGGAUUGAAAUCAAGUUGCUGUCAUGAUCUCCAAAAUUUGAUGGUGUUAGAUUUGUGCCACAAUAUCAUGUGCUUCAUGGGAAAUACCCUGUACAUAACUAGGGUUUUCCCAAUCACAUAUUUUUGCACCAGAGCUAAAGUCCGAAUUACCUCAUUUUGAGGAUCUACUGAUACCGAGUACUGAUCCGAUACCUUGGCAAUUUAUUACAAAAAAAAAAACAUAAUUUUUUUGACAAUAUCCUUGGCCAUCGUGAUUAUUUUGAUGCUUUAUAGCCAUUAAAAAAAAAUCAGAAAGUCAAAAGAAAACAUACACUUUGUAUGGUUUCGUUUGACGAUACCCUCGUACGUCUUAUUUUGUUGUUUUGCAGCCCUUAAGAAAAAAAAAAAAAUCUUAAAAACCCAAUUUUUUUCAACCUAUUCCGAUCUUCUAAAAAUGAAGUGCUCAGGCCCAAUUUUAUAUCACGCGAUUGGAUCGGUGACAUCCUUAAUCAUUCUACCUUUGGAUUACUUUAUUACUUGUAUCCCUCAACUCAUUCACACUAAAAAUGAAGUGAUUGGGCCCAAUUUCCGAGCACUAAUCAAAUCGGGGACAUCCCUAUAGAUAACAUGAAAUAGCAAGCCAAAAAAAAAGUAUUUUGAGUGCACAUGUAUUUUUUCUGUGUGCGCAGAAAUGUGAUUUAAGAACAUAAAAGUGUGACUUUGGUAUGAAUUUAAAAUAAUAUUUUAUUAAUUAUAUUUCCAUGCUAACUUCUCGCUCACAUACAACCAGGCAUUGCAAUUCUCUGAUGCUUGCUGUUGAUGUCUGUGAAAAAAAAAUGCCACAAUUAUCAAUCAAGAGUCAGGAUGCAGGCCAAAUUCUAAUUGGCUGCUUACUGCUGCUUACAGAAAACCAGGAAAAGAAAAAUCAACUGCCAGUGCAUCAAAGCACAAUGCAACAGUGAAAAUCAACACAACAGUAUUUUGAAAUAUUAGUUUAACAAUUGCACGUGACGCAUAUAUAACUGUGGCAUAAAUCUAACGCUACUUCAUUUGCAAUUGCCAAUAUUGUGUGUGUGAAGAACACUAAAAAAUUGCCUGCCACUUCAUCCAGUUCCACUUUCAUUUCAAUUAAGUUGAAUGUUAUUGAAAACCUCAUCUGAAUAGUCCUCUUUAUGCUUUCUCUUUAAUUUGCUUCUUUUUAAGGCUACAUAAAUAAAAUUAUGAAUAAAGGAGUUGUAAAAUUUGAACCAAGGAUGGACAUCUUGUAUUGUGAACUACUUCAGUAUUAGAUAUGGCAAAGGGUGCAAGUGGGCCAGAACCGUAUAAAAUUCAGGGGCGGAACACCGCUUUGAUCCAGAAAAUAUGAUGGCAACUUUCAAACCUCGAUAUUUAAAAAAAAAAAAAAAAAAAAAUGCCACACACGCAUCUCGAAGAAGAAAACAAUCUACUAAUGUCAGAUUUACAUACACAAAUGUUAACAACAAGCCAAAUAAAGUGUUUGUGUAGCGUCAUCCAUUUCCACCGAUAUUUAUUAUUUAUUUAUUCCACUGAGCGUGUAAGUAUCUAGGUCCGAUGAGACAGUUGACUCACGUCAAUGUGUGCAUCCAAACCACUCUGCCUGGACUACAGUUGUCCAUUCAGUUUGCUGACAAACUGACAUCUGAUCAGUAUGGAUAGUUAGCUCUGAUUGGCUUAAAUGCACUUGCACAUUUUGUUUUAUUUUAGUAUGCUCUGAUGG